AUGACGUCCUCUAUAUUAGCAGGGCAGAUGAGAAAAAUAAGACAGGAAGCCCCCAAAUGGCAAAGUUGCGACAGGGAGGGGAAAGUCUCUGAGAGUUUAUGUGCCCUGGUGAACGACAGGGGUGGAAAACUAAGGACAAGCGAGUGGAAGUAUUCCAAGCACCCCCAAGACUGGGAUAGAUUUCUAGCGCCUUAUAUUGCAACCAUGAGCAAAAGUAUCUGCAUUUCCAUGGAGCUAUGGAUAAGUACCUUAAAUUGGGACCCAAGCUCGGGCCAGAAGAUAUUAAAAGGGAACUGCGGAUAUUCUGAGUUCAAGCAAAAAAUGAGGAAUUUUAAUCAGGGGAAAACCUGUGGACUUGAUAAAAACAAGUCUAGUUGGAUAGAUUUAAUAGGAACAGGGGAAUUAUAUCUGAACCAGGACAAUCAGAUGGAAUUACAAAUAUGCAUGGAAUUGGUUAGGCUGAUAAUAGGGGCCUUAAACAUUAGCAGAGGCCCCACCACAUCUGGCGUAAUAGUGGGGAAGACAGAAGAUUUAUGUCAGGAAGUAUACCGGCGUCUGCGCGAGUGGGGGGGGAAAGAGUUGGCCAUGGAAAUAAUGGGGGCUUGGUUUACAACCAGCAAAUGGCCGAAGGAUGACAGCGGGAGAAUAGGGAUUGAGGGGACAGAUAUAUUUGAGAUGAUAACUGAGGAAAUAAUGGGAGCCCAUGCUGGGAUGAAGGAGCUCGUUUGUGAUUAUAUACAGGAAGAACCCGAAAAGGCAGAAGUAGAUUGGGUCCCCUUCCAAAACGCGAUAUCGGAGGAUACCAAAGGAGUCUCCGAAAUCGAGGAAAUAGAAAUAACCCCCGAUCAAAUAAGGGACAAGGAGGAACAGCUGCAACAGAUGAUAAGGAACAUUAAACAGGCCCAAGCCCAGGACAGGGAAGUCAGAGCGGAGAUGGUGAAGCUACUGGUGGAGCGGAGGGAGAAACCCGAGUCCCUGCGAUAA